UAGGAGUAAUUAGAGGGUAGGUGUAUAAAGGUGCAAUUAUGAGAGGACAGCUGACUGCUCUCUUUUGAUACUGAGAUGGCUCCUAAGAAGGCUGUUACUGCUGCUGAGGGAGGCAAGGAAAAUGGAGCAGCUACAGGAUCCAGUAAGGUUAAAAGAAAAUCUAUCAAGCUUAAGAACCAAUCUCGCCCCCCAACCCUGGGGAUGGUGGUGGAGGUCCUGAAAAACAACACUGAGAGGAAAGGGACCUCUGUACAGGCCAUUCGAACCCGGAUUCUGGCUGCACAUCCCACUCUGGAUCCGCUGAGGCUAAAGUUCUUACUACGAACAGCCCUGAACAAAGGGAUAGAGAAGGGGAUUCUGAUCAGACCCCUAAAUUCUAGUGCAACCGGAGCUACAGGACGCUUCAAACUUGCCAAACCAGUAAAGACACCAAAGGCUGGAAAAGAGAAUGCAGAGUCUGAAAAUGUAGACCCGAAUGCAGAGCUGAAACUCCAAAAGAAGGCCCUGAAGAAAGAAAAGGCAAAAACUGACAAAGAACCCAAAGGUGAAAAAACCAAAGCUGUAUCUAAAAAGGCAAAGGAAGAGUCUGAUGAAAAGCCCAAAGCAGCCAAAUCUAAGAAAGAUGCAGAGGCAAAAGAGGGCGACAAGCCUGCAGCUCCAGCAAAGAAAGCAAAAGCUAAAACUGAGGCUGCCAAAGCUGAGGGGAAGGCAAAGAAGGAGCCCACGAAGACCAAAGCCAAGGAUGCCAAGGCAGAGUCUACAAAAGCACAGAAGGACUCUACAGAUGAAGCUGCUCCAGCCAAGGCUGGGAAGAAAGGGAAGAAGUGACCAUAAGCUGAUAACUUUUAAUUCUGUAAAUCUGGUUUUAAUGUAUAAUUCUAUGAAUAAAGUGUAAGUUAUUUUUCUUAA